AUGGCUUCAAUAAUCAGACAACACACAAAUUCAUUAUUAUACUACAAGGUGCUAAGUGAAGAUAUAGGUAUUGGUAAGAAAAGACUAUGGAGAGACUACCAUGAUACAAAAUGUAGAUUAUGUUUUAGUGCUGAUGAAUCAAUUGAAUACUUAGUUGUUGGUUGUACUGGUAUGAAUAAACACGGUAGAAUUAGACGUCAUGAUGCAGUUGUAACCGAGAUUAGUAAAUCAUUGAUCAAACGCGAUGAAAUUCCAAACGUGGAAAACAACUUGGAUCCACACAUUACUUAUUCACAAUCAAAAGAUAAAGAAAUGACUAUUAAUAUUGAAAUUAUUCGGGACAUAUUCUCCAAAAACUCUCAAUCGACGGCCAAUAAACCAGACAUUGUGGUAAUUGAUCAUAUUAAACACCUUGUGUAUAUUAUAGAAGUCUGUGUACCUUUUGAUGGUAAUAUUGAAUUUAGACAAGCUGAAAAAUUAAAUUAG